AAGAAAAGAGGGCACGCCCCUAUUGCUUUGACUGUCGAGGCGAGCUGAACGCAAGAAACAGCAAACAGAAGUGGACAAAGAGUUGCAAUGGACGGUGAUGUUGCGGUCGGUGUGAAGAGAGGCUCAGAUGAGCUCAGCAUGUACGGUAGCAGCCCCAACUCCAUGACUGCGAACGGUAGUGACAGUAAGAAACAGCGUCUGGAUGAGUCUCCUCCCUCCAGAGUUCUUCACAUCAGGAAACUUCCUAAUGAAGUAUCGGAGACUGAAGUCAUUGCUCUGGGGCUUCCCUUUGGAAAGGUCACCAACAUCCUGAUGCUGAAAGGCAAGAACCAGGCGUUUCUGGAGUUGGGAACGGAGGAGGCAGCCAUUACUAUGGUGAACUACUACACAGCUGUCACCCCUCAGGUCAGAAACACUCCUGUUUUCAUCCAGUACUCAAACCAUAAGGAAUUGAAGACUGACUCCGCUUUGAACCAGAGGGCUCAGGCAGUACUGCAGGCUGUCUCAGCGGUCCAGGAUGGAAGCUCACCCUCUUCCGACCCUGGAGUUUUGGACCUAGCUCCACCCCCCAGCCCUGUCCUGCGCAUUAUUAUUGACAACAUGUUUUAUCCCGUCACACUGGAUGUUCUCCAACAGAUCUUCAGUAAAUUUGGAACAGUGAUGAAGAUUAUAACUUUCACCAAGAACAACCAGUUUCAGGCUCUGCUACAGUUCAGCGAUCCCGUUAAUGCACAGCAAGCUAAACUGUCUUUGGAUGGGCAGAAUAUCUACAAUUCGUGCUGCACUCUGCGGAUAGACUUCAGUAAACUGGUCAGCCUCAACGUCAAGUACAACAACGAUAAGAGCCGAGAUUACACCAGACCUAACCUGCCGGCUGGAGACGGAGACUCAGCCAAUAAGGAUCAUUCUUCCUUACUGGGUACCCCGUCCGGAGCACUAGCUUCCUACUCUAGUGGAGGAGGUUACUCGUCUUCUCUCUCCCUCUCGCAGGGUGGAGGUGCCAUCAGUCCUCUGAGUGCUGCAGCGGCGGCGGCGGCGGCUGCUGGACGAGUCGCUCUAUCGGGCUCUGGGGUGUCAGGAGUCUUGCUGGCAUCCAACCUGAAUGACGAGAUGGUCACGCCUCAAAGUCUCUUUACCCUCUUCGGAGUCUAUGGCGAUGUCCAGAGGGUGAAGAUCCUCUACAACAAGAAGGACAGUGCUCUAAUCCAGCUGUCCGAUGGCAACCAGGCUCAGCUAGCUAUGAGUCAUUUGAACGGUCAGAAGGUGUUUGGAAAAGUGAUGAGAGUGACGCUGUCUAAACACCAGACUGUUGCUCUGCCUAGAGAAGGACUGGAUGACCAGCUUCUCACUAAAGAUUUCUCUGGCUCACCACUCCACCGCUUUAAGAAACCUGGAUCCAAGAACUUCCAGAAUAUCUUUCCUCCCUCAGCAACACUUCACCUCUCUAAUAUACCGGAGGGAGUGACAGAGGAGGAUCUACGUCUUCUCUUUUCCAACAACGGCGGAACCGUCAAAGCCUUCAAGUUCUUCCAGGACCAUAAAAUGGCGUUGAUCCAGAUGUCAUCAGUAGAGGAGGCGAUCCAGGGGCUGAUUGAUCUUCACAACUACGACAUGGGGGGGAAUCAUCAUCUUAAAGUUUCCUUUUCCAAGUCUACCAUAUAACCCUCACACCUGACUCCUAACCCUUUAAACCUGACAUGAGAGAAAGUUCCUGCCUUGGCCUGCUUUUCUAAAUUGUCUAUUUUCUUCCAUUAACCUCUAAUGCUCUGUCCCUUAACCCUUAGGCGAUAUCUUAGCUUCUGACACUAAUAUUCUGUACUACAGAAACAUGCUUCAGUACCUACACAUCUAAAUUGAAGGUACAGAAUCGGGUUUGGUUUUGCAAUUACAAGAAGACUUAAUUCCCCAGACUCCUCCGUAGACCCUCAGGCCAGUAAAGACAUUGUGUUAACUGUAAAGCUUCAAGGCUACAUAUGACCUCCCUUAUGGCUCUCUUAUAGUGGGAAUUAGCAAGAAAACAAAAAGUUCCUCUUUUUUAUGUUGUUGUUGGGGGGUGGUGGUGGUUGCAUGUUGCCAUUUGCUCAUCACUGUGGUGUUUCUGUACUGCUCUUCCCAGAGAUCACCUGUCAAUCGAACAGUCCAGCCCAUUCCUUAUGCAUGAGCAACUUGUCAGUAGUUCCACAUAAUCCUGGGAUUUUCAGAUCCUUGAAGCAAGAUCGAAAUGUAGCCUACUUUGUAAGCACAGCAACAGCUCCUUAAAGGGAUAGUUUGCCCAUUUUUAAAAAUGUGAGAUUUUCCCCCCUAGUGGUGCUAUCUUCCUCUCAUUGUUACUGAGUGCUGAAUACAGGCUGAAUGCUCAAAUACUAACUAUUAGCCUCCUGCCAUUGAGCUGGAUCCAAUUUGACUAUGGGAACAUAAAUAUAUAAGAAUACAAUAUACCAAAUUACACUAAUUCAUAGACAUCUCUACCUUUAAUGAUCAUCAGUUGUAAUCUUUUACUACACCUCCAUUAAACACAUUGUUGAAACUAAAUGUGAAAACUUAUAAACCAUCAGUCAUUAAAAUAAACCAUGUAGCUUGUCUUUCGCAGCUACUUCAGUGAAGAAAACAAACAACAGCAACAGUUUACUUCCAUCCCUGUGGUGGCUGUUGUUUCUCUGGUGUGGAGUGAUACAGGAAGGGCAGAAGUAACCUGAUUUUUCCAGUUUCUAACAACAUCAAAAAUACAGUCAUAAAUUUGAACUUGAAUUGAAUUUGAAGUUAUUUGAACCCAAGUUUGAACAAAUUGAUUGUAUGUACAUUGCAGUUUCAGAAAGCAAUACUUGUAAAGUGCUGUUAAACCUUUGAGGGGAUCACAGCUGGCAAUUUGAAGGAUGUUAGUCCCAGGGAAAGCCAGAUGUCAGGAGGCUAACAGGUAGCAUUUGGUCCUACUUAACAGCUGGGGGAGAGUGAAAUAAUAUCACACUUUUCAAAUUGGGUGAACUGAUAAGCACCAAACUGCAAAAACACAGGCUUGUUAAGAGUUCUCUGGAUUAUGACCAGCACACUUCAUUUAUGUAGCCUAGAAUCAAACUGAUAGAAACCAGUUUAAUAAUUUUUACCUGAAUGGGAGUUUUUCACAUGGACACACAUUGGAAAAAGUUUCAUUGUCAUGAGCACACACUUUUUUUUAGUUAUACUUAAGGCAGUUUUCUAAACAAUAAUUCAUAUAAGUUAGAAUUUAAUAUAGUUUAGUGCAAAAUUGACCUAUGUCUGAAUUGCAAACCUUGCAAAUAGAGUAAAAUAUCCUUUGGAUUUUAGGUUAACUUUGAUGCUACAUGGACUACAGAUGAAACUGUAAAUAGUCAUACACAUUUUUGUUAUCAGCAAGUUUCUGCUGUGAUUAUCUCUUUUUUACACAGUUUGGCAGUGAAAAAAACGCUGUCUCUUUAAGUCACAGUGCCAGCCGCUCAUGACGCUGCUGCUGGUUUUGACUCGACUCAUGUUCUCUUUCUCUACUGAAAAACGGGAGCAGGCUGUAAUUCAAGAUAUCUCAGUACAUCCAAGUUUCAUCAAUCAAAACCACCACCUGCAUUUGAGGAACAUUUGAGGAGUCAGACAUGAGGAUCAUCCUGAUCAUUUGAAUCAGCUAACAUUAGAUUAGCCUGGUUUCAUUUAGCCACAUACAAGGCACGGGCUCCAGUAUUAUGGCCUUUUUUCUCCAGACUUUGAGUGUCUGUAGGUGGCGCUCUUUGUUUAUUUAGCCAUGGUGGAUAGCACAGAUCAUGCUAACUACCCAGUUCUGCUGUUUCUUCCAAACAAAGUGGAAACAUAACAUUCAUCACUUGUGUGCAGAAGAGGACUUUUCCCAGGAAAGAGCUACCAGACAGAGUGUUUAGAACUGUGGCACAUUAUUAUUUUAAAUCCAAGGAAGUUCAAAUAACUUUGAAGCUUUCAAAAAACAUCACGUUGAUUUAAGACAGUUGCAGUCUCUGCUACUCUUGAGUAGUUCCUGUGAUUUUGGUGUUACUUCAACAAAACACAAUUCUCUCCAAAUCCAAGGAAAAUGAUCACCGUGGAAACAUGUCAUCUGGGAAGCACAUUCCAAAGCACCACCAUCCCGUCAAAGGUGUAACCGGUCUGUCCUUUCCAUCCUGUUGACUGACUUUAAUCUCCACCAUUUUGGACACAAUUGCAAUGGAGGCCCCACUACCUUGCUCACUAAACAGACAUCACAGUUUGUGUGUGUGUGUGCUUUCCUCAGGUCAGAAUGUGCCUUGCUCAUAUUUGCCCACACAAACGUAGAAGGAUCAAGGCACAUUCUGCCUCUGGUGUUACCGUUUAUGUUCAUGUUGUAUUCUGGUGUUAGUCACUAUGUAGAGCAGUGGUUGUCAGACUUUUCCUGGAAGCCCACAUUUUUACCAUGAUUCAGACUUAAUAUUGGCUGGAUGUUGCACAGGCCAGGUAAUGGAGAUCCUGUUUAGAGAUAACUACAUUACCAGUCUGUGUUUCCUCCCAGGGGAUUUUAGCAGUAUACCAUCGCCAGAGGCUUUCUUAAAUUUCUAACUUAAGUGCUUUACAUCAGGUUUUGGUGUUAGCCCCUAAGAAUCAACAAACACGAAACCGUCCAAACCCGCGGCGCACCUGCACAUGUCCAACUAAAUUCCAUUUUUUCCUAUCUUAUCAGCUCUGCUUGCUGUACUUUUCUGGAUUUUGUUUUCCACUGCAGAUAGUACCCCCUCAUUGCAAAGCCCCAUUGGUCGCUUGAUGGAUAGAUUACAAACUAUGAUACAAGUUUGACAAAUGUUUGUGGCAUUUCCUGGUUCUACAGUGUCCCGUUCACAGGCUGUAGCCUGGAGGAUAGCAGCACCACACCUGUGCUAUGCAUGCUGCACGUGUCCCAGUAAACAUCUCCACAGGUUGUCUGUGAGUGAAUGACCACAUUUGGCCAUGCAUAACCCACAGUGGCAGUACUGCACAUGCCAUUGGAUAAACAAGAGCAUCUCUCUAGAACUGCCAUUAAGCAGUCAUACAGGAAGAAAUCUCUUGUCAAAUAGGCAGAGAUAAAAACAUUAGAGCACAGUGCAGCACAGACACAAUUCCAUCUUUUUUGUAAUUUGAACAUCUGGGCCCUGGAUAGCAGUGUUUUUCCACUUUGACUUCCUCUCAAGUAGCAGAAACUGUGCUCUUGCACUUCCGGUGUUGUCGUUGUUGGAUCAUGAUGACCAGAAACAAACUGGUUCUGUUCCAGUUUGCAAAUGAAAUUUUGGAAGUCGAAGUCAGUCAUCAACAGUUGGCAAAGGCUAAGUUUGUUAGAACCCAGGACCAAAUUAUUAACAAGUUUAAAAAUUCAAAGGAGCACAGAGACACCAGUAACAGCCCAGUGAAUAGUGGCGCUGGAUAGGUUGAUAUAGGCGAGUAUUGGGAAUUGCAAGUAGAGGCAGGUUGAGGGGAAGUGAAUACACCAAAAAAUGAAAACCCAACACUUCAACCACAAAAGAGCUUCACUGGACAUCAUAAGAUCAGAAAUAAAUGUCAGUGUAAGAGUAUGAAGAGUCAUUUAUGUUUUAAGAAUAUAUCGAGGCAAUGGUAAUCUUCCUAAGAUACAGCGGCUUCCAAAGCCAACCUUUGAAAACCACUGCUCUCAAAGAUGUGCAGUCAUACACACACUCAUAGAAAGCAUGUAAAUGACAUCAUUUUGAACAUGUGAUUAUGGUCUUGGUGUCUGAUUGGCUUAGUGAGGAGAACUGUUGGGACCAAAGUACAUGUGCCUUUAGUCUCAUUUUACUGUUGAAUCGUACUGUCUUUCACCACAGGUGGUUUUACAGCUAACAUGUUUAUCUCACAUAAAUGCAGAAUUUUAACCCCAUAGAAACAGAUUAUUUUGCUAUUUCUGAAAUAUUUUUGACUUUGUUAAUUUCUUCACUCCAGUCCACUGUUUCACUAAUAAAAUAUGAUUAUUUGUCAAGCAAAGAAAUGGAAAACUGGGUUGCUGUUUCAAACAAGAGGUCAUGUGCAGACAGCUUAUUUUUAAAGGGUUGGUUCUUACUGCAGCUACAUAGAUUGUUUUUUCUUUUGGAUCGUGGGCAUAUUUUGUACCUGGUUUGUUUCUUUUGUGACAAGAGUUCAGUUUGGCACAAAUUAAAAUGUCUUUUUUUACUGGUAAGUCCUUGUUUGUUUGUUUGUGUGUACGUGUGUGUGUGUGUGUGUGUGUGUGUGUGUGUGUAUAUUUUAGACCUCUGCAUUCAUCUGUAUCUUUAAAUAAACUUCUGUCACUCUGUUCA